GUGUUGCAGACAAUGGCCCUCCAGAACGACAUAUUUGAAUGGAGUCGCGACCAUCGCCUGCACCACAAGUACUCGGACACCGACGCCGACCCACACAACUCCAGUCGGGGUUUCUUUUUCUCACACAUGGGUUGGCUUUUAUGCAAAAAACAUCCCGACGUUAGGGAAAAGGGAAAGACUAUGGAUAUGUCAGACCUGGUUAACGACCCACUGGUCAAGUUUCAAAGAGCUUUUUACAUACCGCUGGUUAUAUUAAUAUGGGGAGCGGUUCCCACAUAUAUACCCUAUUAUCUAUGGGGUGAGUCCCUUUGGAAUGCCUGGUUUGUCUGUGUUAUGCUCCGGUACACCGUAACAGUCAAUUUAACUUGGUGUGUUAAUAGUGCUGCUCAUAUGUAUGGAAUGAAGCCAUACGAUGGUAGUAUAGAACCGGUUGAGGCGGAUAUGAGACACUAUUUAAUAGGCGAAGGCUUUCAUAAUUAUCACCAUACAUUCCCCUGGGAUUACUCGGCCUCUGAGUUGGGUUGGAUGGAUGCCUUCAAUCCUGCGACGGCUUUCAUCGACGCGUUUGCGUCCAUUGGAUGGGCUUAUGAUCUGAAGAAAGCAUCGGAUGAUAUGGUGAAGAAGCGACAGACCAGAUGUGGUGACGUUCACUACAAACAUAAAUCUCGGUUUAUGGAGCACUUGACCGGCUCAUUCGUGUUGACAUUUCCCGUAUGGUCUCUAUUCCUAAUCAGAAUGAAUGUAUGGCUUAUACCAGUAGUAGUGGUCAUGUUAUUACUUGUGGGGAACCAACCGAACGGCUUCUCUCGCAAACAGAAAGUUAAAUAAAUUUACCAAAAGUUAAUGUAUUUGAAAAUAUAUUUUUCUAUGAUAUUCCUAAAUAAGAU